AUGCCGAGCAUUCCAUUGGUUGCAGAGCUUGGUGCGAAAAGUGGUGAGUUUCAGCGUUUGCUGGACUCAACUGAAGCACCUGAAUCCGUUAAGAGGAAGCUUCGAGAAACUAUGGAUCCAAAGGAACUUUUCACAUCUCAAGAUUCCAGAGUUUUUGUCCGAUGUCGACCCAUUAUACCAUUUGAUCAAGAGGAUAUGAAUAAAAAAACUAUUAUUCGAAAAGUAGAAGGUUAUCGUGAUCUUGUUGUUAUGGCUCCAAAGAUUUCCUUAGCUGGUCAAUGUUUACUUGAACCUCAUAUUGUAAAUCUUGAUGGUGUUUUUGCAGAAGCCGAUACCACCGAAAAGGUAUAUAUAGAGUCUUGCAGUCCUUUGGUUAAUUUAUCGGUUGAAGGAGGCUCUACAUGUGUUUUAUGUUAUGGACAAACGGGAAGUGGUAAAACUUAUACAACAACUGGAAUUCUUCAAUUUGUGUCAAGAGAUUUGGCUCCUUAUUUCUCUUCGCAUGAUAUAUUUAUAACAGUUAUUGAAGUUCAAGCCGGUAAAACUAUUGAUCUUCUUACUGGUACUGAAGUUCAAGUUGUUGAAGAUGUUUCAGGGGAACUUAAGAUUCGAGGUGCUGAUGCUUUUGAAUGUUCUAAUGAUGAAAUGUUAUGGGCAGCUUUUGAGGAAGCAGCUUCACAAAGAGUAACAAAGGCUACAGGAAGAAAUGAGGUCUCUUCGCGUUCACAUAUGGUAACUUGUAUACGAAUUGUCUCAAAAACUAGUAAUUGGGCAAAACCAGGAGAAUUAUUUAUUGUGGAUCUUGCAGGAAGUGAAAAUACAGCUGAUAGCGCAACACAUGAUAAAGAACGUCAAAUGGAAGCAAAAUUUAUUAAUACUUCACUUAUGACGUUAAAAGAAUGUAUUCGUACACGUGCAAUGGCGGCAACAAGUACCAAUCAUUUACAUAUUCCUUUUAGAAGAUCACCUUUAACUCUUUUGUUGCGAGAUUGUUUUGAAAUUGCUGUAAAACGACCAACAAAAACAGUGGUAAUAGCAUGUAUUUCACCAUUAUUAAGGGAUGCAAGACAUACAUUUAAUACUUUAAGAUAUGCAUCUCUACUUGCAGUUUCACCACCUGCACGUGUCGUUGCAGAUGACCCUGAUGAUCCAAAUGGAUUUGACAGAAAACAAGCUUUGGAAUUUUUGUGUCAAUGUUCCAGAGGAAGAAUUACUGAACCUGAAUCUAUUCUUCCUGAAGGAGAUGGACGUACAUUGGUUCAUAUUCCUGAAGCAGAAUUUAUUCGUCGUAUUUUGGAUUCUCAUUCUAACAUUGGUGAAAAGGGAGCAAAACAGAUAUAUACUUCCGUCUGGCAAAAAGUUGUUGAUGCAAGGACGAAAGGUCGAAAGGUCAUGACAGCAGCGAAGAAAGCUCCUGUUGGACCACGAUGCGCAUAUACAAGAAAGUAA